CUUUGCGCAUUUACAGGCACGUCAACAAUGUCCGUUACGGUACGUCUCUCCUCGUGUAUGGCACGGCCCUGGGGAUUGUACGGUCUGCUUAUUCCACGCCUUUCUCGACGCCGGAAUGCAGUGCGAUUCUUCGAGACGUCCCGGAUCCACUGGAUGUCGACCUUCGGGGAGCGCUUCGGCGGCCCGUCUGCCGCAGAGGCGCUGCUCAAGGGCAAGGGCGUCUCGUUGAUCCUCAAGUCCAUUCAGGUCAACUUCAGGCGGCCCGUGACGCACCCCGACACGCUCAUUGCGGCGCACAAACCGCAUCGGCCCGCCUCGACUGAAUUGGCGCCGGAUGCGACACACUUGCACCUACGUGCCUCGGCAUAUUCCCUGAACAAGCGAGCAUUCGUCGCCCACGCCGAGGAAGUCGUCGUGUGGUACGACUACGACAGGCUCAAGAAGUGCACGCCCGAGCAAGGUUUGCUCGAUGCGGUCUGGGCGACUGCGGGAAAGCGGCGAAAUUGAGGGUGGGAGUUGGCGUGGUGGGGGGCUUGACCACCGACGCGGUACUUCCAUUUUCUCGUCGAGUUGUCGGUGGGAGGUCCGUCUCGGGCGGUGCGCUCCUCGUCGCCCCUUGCGGUCCGCUCACAACGGUUCCCAGACUGAAUCGACGAUUGCUGUCGCUGCGACACCCCCACGGCGUCGUCGACACACUCAACGCGAUGGCGCGAUGAGAG